AUGAUUCCGGUUACUCUCUACGAUGACACCUUCAGCAAGCCUGAUAUCCAAGAAAGCGUCACGGAGGCCACGGCUCUACAUGACCGCUGGGUCAGGGUCUUCAAUGGCGAAUGCCCUCCGCUAGAGGGCAACGCUGCUUUUGUGCUCGUUUUCCGCUCAACCGAGGCUGCUACAGCUCAGAUGACUGAACACCUGGCCUCCCGCGUGAGGAAAGCCUGGCGUGACAUGGCUGCGAGUCACUUGGACGAGGCAGUUCUCAGACAUAACGACAUCACCCCUGAUUACCAGUCUUACAUGGAUAAACGCCUGACCAACGUCUACGGUUGGUGGCUGACCAUUCAUGUUGAGUAUGCAAAGGGCAUUGAUAUCGGCGACCUGUCUGAGCAUCCUGAAAUUCUUACUGCCCGUCGAGCAGCGAUCAAUCACAUUACUUUGGUCAACGAUCUCUAUUCUUUCCCCAAGGAGUUAGAUGCAAAAGAAGCCAUGAACGCCAUCCUCGUCCUUAUGCGGCGUGAAGAGUAUGACCUGCAAGGAGCCGUCGACAAAGUCGUCGAGCUCAUCCAUCAUGCUGAGAAGGAGUUUGAAUCGACUCGCUCGGAUAUUCUCCAGGGCCAUUUGGGACAGAAGCCAGACAUCAAAAGCUAUCUCGAUGGAAUCGCACACGUCAUGACCGGCAAUCUCCGCUGGUCGCAGAUGUCCACGCGUUACUUUGGUGAUCAACACGACGGGAGCUUCGUCGCCAGUGGACAGAUUACUAUCACUCCCAAGCCUACCGUACAUGCCCCUACGGUAAAAGUUUGA